GUUCACAUACAACAUUUCGUUUCAGUGUAUCUCUGGCAACGUCCAAGUGAGCAACUUUCAACCGCUCUUGCUUUCUUUUUUCUUCCAUCCGCCAACUUUAACGGAAAACGAACUUGGAUAUAAUAUAUCGUCUGCUUUUGCAAAGGUUUUGAGUGUCACAGAUGGUGAAGAUAGGAAGCAAAAAGGAACACAAAUAUUCAGCCACUCUAUAACGCCAACACACCCUCUAAGUUACAGCACAUCGCCAAAAUCCAUCUGAAGAAUGCGCCGACACGAAAUUUCGCCCAUUGACUCCUGACCUCCGGCACCCCCUUCUAGCCAGCUCUUCUUUCCAGUUUGGAAUCUGUAUCUGUUGGUUGGAGGGUGAGGUUCAAGUCCAACCACCCAUGGAGAUCCAGAGAGGAAAAAACACAGUACCGUUCCAUUCUUUCAAAGACAACAAAAAGGGUGGUAAAACCUUUGUAAUUGCGCAUCACUCAUUGCUUGGUUGCGAAUGGAUUGUAUUGCGUGUUUAGAAAGUGCACGCAUUGUAGUUUUUUUCUUUUUUUUAAACAACGACGACAACUUGGUGCUCUCUCUCAGAAGUAAUCCUUUUGUUUUGAAAAUGUUUUAACUCAGUUGUAUAAUUACAGUCUGGUGGAAUGUUUAAAACAAAAAUUUGGUGGAUGAUUACAAACGAUUACGAUUUGAACGAAAUUGUUUAAUUUAAACGUCGUUCGUAUGCUGUUGAAUGGCAAAAUUAUGCUGUUGGAACGACAAUGACAAAUGUGUGAAAAUUAUGUAAAUUAGGCAAAUUGAUUACAAACGAUUAAGAUUUGAACGAAAGUGUUUAAUUUAAACAGCAUCUUUUAAAUUAAAACUUUAUGAGAGAAUUAUGCUGUUGGAAUGACAAAAAUAAAUAUAUGAAAAAUUGUGUAAAUUAGGCGAAUGAUCACAAACGAUUAAGAUUUGAACGAAAGUGUUUAAUUUAAACGUCAUUUAUAUGCUGUUGAAUUACGAAAUUAUACUGUUGGAAUGACAAUAACAAAUGUGUGAAAAUUGUGCAAAUUAGGCGAAUGAUUACAAAUGAUUAAGAUUUGAACGAAAGUGUCUAAUUUAAACAGCAUCUUUUAAGUUAAAACUUUAUGAGAAAAUUAUGUUGUUGGAGUGACAAAAAUGAAUAUUUAAAAAUUGUGUAAAUUAGGCGAAUGACUGAGAACGAUUACGAUUAGUACGAAAGUGUUUAAGCAGCGUCCUCCACACAUGCAUGGUUUAGUGGACGUUUAGUGGAGUACAAAAAUAAACUAAGAAAAUUCUCAUCACUAAUUUCAUGCUUGCAAAUAAUAUUUAAUAAUUAUGUAUGAUAUCUUAUUUUAUAAUAAGUUUUAGAAGCAUUCUAAAUUAGUUUUUGAAGUCAAUUUUAAUUUUGUUAAUUUCGCAUUCAUCUAUGAGAUAUUUUUCUGGGUUUUAUUAUGGAAGAAUUAAAUAGUUGAUGUUAAAAAAAAGCACGAAAGAUAAAUACUGAUAGAUAUCGACGAUCUAAAGAUAGUCUGAAUCUCAUACAUUCUUUUAAAAAUUUAUUUUUUUAAACUCAUUUCAAAAAGUUAUAUAGUCUACUUAUCAUGCAAAUCAAGAAAAAACAUAAGAGGUAUACCAAAAAAACUUAAAGGUUCGUAAAAAGAAAGGGCGUAGAGGAAUUUUUUCCUGUAAGGAACUUGGUUUAUUUUUGUAUCUUUUAUCGUUUGAAGUAGAGCUGUUGCCAUAAAAUAAAAGUAUCUGAUAACACAGUUCAGCUCUAUUAACAAGAGUGUGCUAUUUAUUCCACGUAUAGUUACUUCUAUAACCUUUCUUCCGCCCUCACUUUCAGUAAAAAAAAAAUGUUCGAAGUUGAGAGGUAAUAGUAUGAAGAGGUGGAAAAAGCAGAACAUUAUCCACAGCUAGUUUUAAGGGUCGACAAUAAAUUCUGAAACGGAAGCAUCUCAACGAGCUGUAACGCCCACCCCCUUUUUUUUUUAGAAUAGCAUUAUUAACUUUUCCUAUUAUUGUAAACAUUUAUUUUCGUCUCUGAAGUGAAUGGAUUUACAUAUUCGAUGCACAUGAAAAGAUUUUUAGUUUUUGGACUAUGGAACAUAAAAAGAAACGUAAAAAAAAAUGGAGAUGAAGAGCUGUUGAGUUAGCAUGUAUACAGUUCUCACUUUUAUAAAGAAAUAGAGAACAUAACGUGGUGAUAAAUAGUGCAUGUUAUGCUAUAAAAGAGCUAAAUAUAGAGAGUAACUACAAGCAUUUUUACUGAUGCAUUUUUUAAUGCUGAUUUAUAAGAAGGAAAUAUCAAGCUCUUAAAUAAAGAAAUAAAACUAAACAUUUUGUGUAUUGAAAGCAAUAAGAAUUAUUUCACUGUUGUGUAGAACAUUUAAAGCACAGAUUGUAACACAAUAAUAUUAUUCAGCUUCUUUAAAUAAUUAACGCAUAUUAAUCAUAUAUUUUAGGGCAAACUUUAUAGUUAAGGUAUUUAUGAUACAUUUGGCUUACAAAAAUAUCUGGAUUAAUCAUAUUAGAUAACAAUAGUUGAAAUGCUGUUAAUUUAUUUAAUAUUCGGUGAUACUAUUUUAUGUGCAUUCGUCAAGAAUUAUCGGAACUCAUUUUUUUUGGUAAUUCCAUCUCAAAGCUGUUCUACUUAGAGUGCAGCAAAGAUAAUACUCUACGAACAAGCUUAAUUCUUAUUAAACUUAAAAUUUGAUAGCGUCAGCACAAGGAGAAUAAACAUGUAAGUGUCAGUGUGCUCUAACAAUCUAUCUUGGUGACUGUCCGAUUUCACGCUCAAGUUUUAGGAUUGAGAUCUAAUCUAGGAGUGAGCGCAGAUUUUGUGUCGGCGAACGAAGCCCUAGAUCGACAAGUGAAGUGUUCGAACUUAGUAAAGCUUCAGAGGAGAUUUAUAAUAGAAGCCGUACAUUUUUCUUCCAAAAGGCGUGCGCCGGCGCUUUGCCUUCUUAAACACAUAAAAAGGCGACUGACGAAACGUGCUGGAUACGAUUCACUUAGCUUUUGCCACGGUCGUGACAAACUGAUCGUGAUACUAUCUGCCUUUAGAGUUCGUCAAACUAUUCCAUCGUGCUUUUACUUCUGGGUUUCUGAUAUCGUUUUCUCCCGCCAAAUAAAAUAAAAUUUGAAAUUCAAUUGGAACAAAAAACAUUCAUAUUUUCUUUAUUACUUGACUGAAUAAAUAUCAAUUGGCGACAGAGUGUGAAAAUAUGACUAAUAUUCCAGCCUAGCUGGUGCUUAUUCCUUUGUUUGACAUGCAGUGUCAAUGAUGUAAUAAAACAUACCUUCAGGAUAUUACAGCUGUAACAAAAGUAUUGAGAAUUUCGACAGAAGGUACAAAUUAUUUUAUAAGGGAGAUAAUAAGUAGAAAAUGAAUAACAUUUAUUGUGCGGAUAUGAUUUAUUUUAAUUUUAAUUAUGAUCAUGUAAGCCCAUCAUCAUGUCAACUAUAAGUGCCGAACCAUCAACCUCACCAACGCCCUCCACUCACAAAGUGAAUGGCGGUAUUAACCAAAGACUCAACAUCAGCACUCUUAGCUCAUCCAUUUCUAAACAUCACCACACAGUUAUCACACCAACACCAGUUGCUAUGAUAGGACAUAGCUCGACGCCUGUGCAUGCUACUGCUCAGAGCACCAGUACCAUGGGCCCAUCCUCUAUCGCAAAUAUCACUCUCAACAGCAACGCCACUGCCAAGCCUUUGUUAGAUAUAUCCAGAACUAGUAUCCAUCCUGGUUCGGUACUUGAUACUUCGAGAAGGACUCCUAACAUCACUCUUAAAGAUGAUGUCUCAACUAAUGAAGAGCAUGAGAGGAGAGCUAUUUACCAAAUGCUAGCCUCUUUAGCUCUUCUGUGCAUCUUGAGCCUUCUUAUGUCUUUUUUGGCAUUGUUUUUUCUUCAAAAACUUGGACCCAUGAUGAGUGCUGUUCAAACGAUUGAGCCGCCAACUGAGAGACCGUCUCUGAAAUCGGCGGCAGUAACUAAGGUACCUCCCAGAAAAAUAAUAGUCACUUCUGAAGAGUAUAUGACAGUUUACCAAGUAUCUGUGGCGCUGAGUACCUUAACGAUAUCUCUAGAUUUGUGUUGCUUGUUCGUCUGCUGCAUACAGUUUCUUUUUGCUAUAAAGCUCUUAAAGGCACCUCAAGGUGAUGAAAGGACAAACAAGUUCUUGAAGAGAAGUGCCCACACCCGAAUUCUAGCCAUUGGUGGAUUUUUUCUAUCUAUACCUCUUUUUUUCACUGGGGUCAUCUUGUUUACUUUUAUUCAUUUCAACGAAAUACCCGCCAUGGCAACAAGUAUUGUAAUAGGACUUGGAAUUGUAUUUUGCGGUGUUGCAAGUGUGCACAAUGUGUACCUGUGGCAAUGGGAAAAAACCAGAGCCUGCAAAGAUCUUCAUCAAAGUCGUUUGAGUCAACUUGGAUUGGAUGUAACUACUCAAAGGGCAACAGAAUUGUCAACACUUGUAUAAGCUUUAGGCAAUUUUACAAAGCAUUGUCAUUUUUUUUUCUUCAUAUGUAUUUAUUAUUUUCAAGUCAAAUUUUUCCUGUCAAAUCUAGCCUUUUACUUUUUCACUAUUUUUUGUCAGAGUAAUGUGUAGCUGACCAACAUUUAUAAUUUUAACUAAUAAUUAUAAUAACUUUUAUAAUUUUUUCCAAGAUUAAAUAUUACACUUCAACUCACCGUUAUCUCACUAACUUCUUUUCAAAAGCCAUAAAAUGUUUUAUCAGCUUUUGAGGUCCUUUUAUAGUUAGUAUCGUUUCUUUCUAAAACAUAAAACAGUGAUUCCCAAACUUUUUCGAUUGAUGGUUAAUUUCUUACUACUAAUAAACUCAGUGGCACGACAGCUCAUAGAGGGCCAAGGCCUACUAUGCCCAUCUCAGUUUUCUUGACCUUGGGCUCUGGGCUGUAGGAGUAAAUGUUCGGUUAGGUGGUCAGCCGAACGCGGAACCCCCAAUGUUUAGUUCCCAAGCAUGCUUGGUACUCAUUUAUCGACCCACUGAAGGGAUGAAAGGCUGAGUGAACCUUGCCCGGUCCGAGGAUCGAACCCAGGACCUGCGGCACAGGAGCGCGAAGCGCUACCACUCAGUCACCGGGCUUCCGUUUUAAUUUCUUACAUCUUGGGAUAUUUUUAAAGCGUUGUUGCCGUAUAUAUAUAUAUUGUAAGAGUACAAUUUUGCAAAAAAUAACACAAUAAAAGCGCAUUUACAAACAAUAAACUAGAUAUGUUAAAUUGUUAUAAUUAUAAUACGCACUAGUUUCCAUUCCGCCUUUGUUUCAGACGUGAUGCUACCUAGCAUUUGCUUUCCAUCGAAUACUUAGGGAAUCACUGCUCAAUAUAUAGAUAAAUAUUUGACAUUCUUGUAAACUGCUGUAUUAGAGGCUUCCUCAAAAAGCUUAGUAGCCAACUUAUUAAUUUUUGCAGUAAUUAACUAAUGAGAUGUUUAAAAUAAUAAAGUCUAAUGGAUAUAUUGUUUCUUUCUAUAUUUUCUGAUUUUUUAUUACCGUCUGUGUGCAUGAAUUUUUAAACACUUACAAUUUUUUGGUUGCACGCUUGCAACCAAACACAAAAAUGAAACGUGAAUUUUUAUUCUAUUCAAUUUUUAUAAGUCAGCAUAUUUUUAUUAUGAAUGUUAUAUGCUUUGUAAAUACAUUCUUCAUACACUGUUUAAUGUGCAAUUCACUGUUUAUUAUUUACGUAUCAUUUAUAAGUCGAAAUUAUUUAUACUUUUUUCUCUUUAUGCAGAAUUAUGUACUUUUUUGCAUGAGAUUAAGUUAAACAGGAAGUUUCUUUAUUAAAAAAAUUUAAAAAUAACAUCAGAAAUUUAUUAUGUCUUACAUUAGAAUGAAUGAAAUAAAACCUGAUCCAAAAAAGUAAUAAUUUUUAUAAUGCUGUUUCAUAACCAUUCUGUAUAUACUAAAAAUCAAUUCCAAGUAAAACACAAUAUUUUUUCUAGUUUCUCUAAUUGAAAUGUACAGUACUUACGAAUAAAAAUACAUAUCCAGAAAUUUAUUAGUUCAAUAUAAUUUAAUAACUGCUAUAUAUUUUUUUUUUAUCUUUCUCUUUCUAGUCGCUAUAUCUACUCUCUCUUUGAUCAUUGUUUGUAAAUAAAUAUGAAAAUGUAACGAUGCAAUAUUAAAAUUACAUUACUCAUCGCCAUUGUAUUUUUUUAAUAUAAUUGUGUAUAUAGUCUUUGCUGUAAAUAUAAAUGUUUUUAUACUAAGCAAGUUUUUAGUUUGUAACCACAAUUUUCAUUAAUUACUAUAACAGUGCUUUAUGAAAUGCAAUAAAAAUCAAAAUGCAAUUUUGUGAGAGAAAAAAAUGCAUUUAUUGAAACCUUUAUUUUUGCAUGUAUUUAAUGGAAAUCAUCUGUAGUUGUUUGAGUUAUUUUUGCAAGUGUCCCAAAAAAUUAAUGUUUUUAUUGAGAUUUUUAUUGCCCAAUCUGUUAAUCAUGGAAAAACUAUUAAACAUUUAUAAAUAUCAUA